AUGGUUUUAAUUAACGACCGAACAGGGGAGUGUGGGAAAGAACAAUCACGAACUAUGGAACUCAUCACGAACGGAGGCACCAUUCAGGAACGAACCCUUCAUGGAGCGUUUUUCACACGAGCACAAAACGGUCCCAAACAGUCGGUGAGCCAAGGGCUUUCCCACUCACGAGCGACCUCCUUCUACAUCCCCAACCGCAGUCGGCGGAGUAGCCCUGACCUCCAGGAGUAUGUGGGAACUCCACAAUGGGACCUUUCUUACCUGCCCCAGGAACCACCUGUUCCUUUAUGCUUCAGGUACCUGCAUUCUGCUUUCUGGGCUAUUUCCACAUCCUCAACCGACUUUCAUCAUUAUCUUUGGGGGAGGAAAGGGUUUCGUCACGUUUCAAAGAACGAACAGCGCAUCAAGCAUGAUGAUAAACGACAACAA